AUGUCGAGCUUUCGUCCCCAUCCAUUGCCUUUCACAAGCAAAGAUCCUCGAAUGCAAGACCCCAAAGGCGAAAACGUCGAUGGUGGAGACACAGACCUGAAUCACUUCUCAGAAGCCAUCUUCUCUUGCCCCGUAGUUGUCGCUACGGAGCCGGCAUACGCGCUCGCCCGACAAAUCAAGAAGGCCAAGCAGAAGAGGGCCGAUAAAAAGGCAGCAGAAGCCGAAAGCUCUGCUAGCAAUGCUAAGAAAGAGAAGUGGUACGCAGAUGAUAAGGAGGAAUGGAGCGACUCAGAAGACGAGCAACAUAUGCGUCAACGUGUUCAACGGGAUGAUACCUGGGCUCCUGAUCUGAGUCAAACUCGGAUGGAGGAACAGAAGUGGAAGGAGACGCAAAACAGGAUGCGUCUUUGUACACCUGAAUGCCCUGCGUAUUAUAAAGACAAGUGUUUAGCGCAUGAGAAGAGACAGCCGCAAGAGUCCAACAGUUCUGGGACCUCGGCAAGCUGA